GCUAGCGAUGUUGUUUUCCUCUUUCCCAAGCGACAUGAGACGAGUUAUUUUUCCAUUCUUUGAGUUCUUUUCUAAAAGCCAUCGAGAAAUCUAAAGACAAAAACAAAGAAGGAAGAAGAACAAAGGAAAAAGGGCUUGGCUCGGCUGCCAUUCUCAUUCUUCUUGCUCUCCAUUUCAAAGCUGUUGUAUGUUCUUUUUGGCACAUCAUCAGCAAUAGGUAGUCAAUCAUGGAGUCAAGCAGAGCGAGUGAGAAAAAAAAGCUGAAACGCAAAGAGAUACUAGAGAAAAAGAAAGCAGCAGACCAACUCCUCAAAGCCGCUUCUGCCCAAAUUGACCAUCUUACUUCUUUCCCUUCCUUUUGCUAUUUCAACAAAAAUGGCCUUUGUUUACGCUUGGAAUCGGGGAGUGGAGAUAAGCUCUCCAAUUGUACGAAACAACACAUUCAGAAACUCCUGAAGGCGAAUAUGAUGGGGCCAUAUGGAUCAGAGUGGGCAGUAGAAGAGAAGUUGAAGCGGAGGGAAAUGGUUGCUCCACAAGCGCGCUAUAUAUUCGUAUAUUGGAAUGCCAAUGAGAUGAUGGACAAUGCAUUCACUCCCUUGCUUGGUUUCCUACAUUUCCGUUUCACUCUGGAAGAAGAGAUACCCGUUCUUUAUUUAUAUGAAUUGCAACUGGAUAGCUCAGUCCAAGGGAAAGGACUUGGGAAAUUCUUGAUGCAGUUAGUUGAGCUAAUUGCUCAGGAGAAUCGGAUGGGUGCUGUGGUGUUAACUGUUCAAAAAUCAAACUCAUUAGCCAUGAAGUUUUAUAUAAGCAAGAUAAGAUAUGUGGUAUCAAGUAUUUCACCAUCCAGAGUUGAUCCGUUGGUGGGAGUUGAAAAGAACUAUGAAAUUCUUUGCAAAACAUUUGAUCAUGAAGCUAAAGCUAUAUUGGAGGUAUAUUCAGUUCAGCAUAGGACUGCUAGGAGGGUAGGGUUUAUGGCUGCUUUUUCAGACUUAAAAUUUGAAGACUAACAGGGAAAAUUGAAUGAGAGGAAGAUUGUCAAAAUCACAAGCAAUGAUGAAUACCGGGUACCCGAUUCUUUUAUUUCUGCAGCUAUGCCCAUAUUUUCUUUGAGACAGCACUUGUUUAUUGAGGAACUGAUAUACAGUGCAUAAAGUAAAUUGUUUUGUUUAUGAAUUUAAAACUAAAUUUAAGGGGAAUGAUUUAGUGGGAGAGUAAUCUAGAUUGGAUUAUAGGUGUGAGGUUGCAAUUUGAUGAGUGAGUUGAACUUAAAUUAUGUCUUAUACUUGUUAAUUUCUAGUGAAUUACUCUCUGAAAAAAGUUCCACAAACGGAGGAAGUUUCUGAAUUGCAUAA